AUGUCCCUUCGCCCAACCCUCCUCACAAAAUGGAUCUCGCGCCCUAGCGAGAUCCUCAAAUCAACCCCAAGCUUAGCCUCAUACCUCCACCCCACGGCCCGCCAAUCCCUCGCACGCCGCAGCACAUUCUUCGCCCCGGGACCACAAGCAACACGGCGAGGCCUUACCACAGCGCGCUUCUCGACGCGCACCCGGCCAGUACCGAACUCGUUCCAGCCCAAGCAGCGCCGGUUCAAUUCUGGGUCUGCUGGCGGCGGCGGCGCUAAGGGAUCCGGGUCUGGGGCUGGAGCCGGAGCCGGAGCUUCGGAGAAGGCGUCGCUAUCGCAGCGGCUGAAGAAGCUAUCGCGAGAGUAUGGAUGGGCUGCGUUGGGAGUGUAUCUUACACUGUCGGCGCUGGAUUUCCCAUUCUGUUUUGCGGCUGUGCGAUUACUUGGUGUUGAGCGCAUUGGAUACUAUGAACAUGUUGUUGUUGGGUUUGUUAAGGAUAAGCUCAACACUGUGUGGCCGCAGACUAAGGGUUCUGAGGCGGAGGAUGGGCAGGGGCAACUUGCCCAGGCCGAGGAGCGGAAUCAGGAAGAAGCUAGUAUCUGGACGCAAUUGGUUUUCGCUUAUGCCAUCCACAAGAGCUUUGUGUUUAUUCGAGUGCCGUUGACAGCGGCGGUGACGCCAAAGGUUGUGAAGACGCUGCGUGGAUGGGGGUGGGAUAUUGGGAAGAGAAAGCCCAAGAGUACGUGA